CGAGAAGCAGGUCGAAAGAGCCGCCAGUACUUGGGACUGUUUAGCCUGUCGAAGGCAACCAGCCAUCCAAUAUGGCGUGCUGCCUAUCAGAAGAGGCCAAGGAGCAAAAGCGAAUAAAUCAAGAAAUAGAGAAACAGUUGCGACAAGCCAAAAAAGAUGCUAGAAGAGAACUAAAACUGUUAUUAUUAGGAACGGGAGAAAGUGGGAAGAGCACUUUCAUCAAACAGAUGCGAAUUAUCCACGGCUCGGGCUACUCAGAUGAGGACAAGCGCGGCUUUACGCGACUCGUCUACCAAAACAUCUUCAUGGCCAUGCAGUCUAUGAUACGUGCAAUGGAAACACUCAGAAUUCCUUAUCACGAUCCUUCCAACGAGCAGGAAAGGGCGGCGAUGGUGAAACAGGUCGACUACGAGACAGUGACUACGUUUGAAUCGCCCUACGUGGAGGCCAUCAAGAGCUUAUGGGGUGACAGUGGGAUACAAGAAUGCUAUGAUAGACGAAGAGAAUACCAGCUCACAGACUCAGCUAAAUAUUAUCUCACAGACCUAGAUAGAGUAUCAGCCCCUGACUAUCUACCAACGGUGCAAGAUAUUCUACGAGUGAGAGUCCCAACAACCGGUAUUAUAGAAUACCCUUUCGACUUAGAGUCUAUAAUAUUUAGAAUGGUUGACGUAGGCGGUCAGAGGUCAGAACGGCGCAAGUGGAUCCACUGCUUUGAGAACGUCACGUCAAUCAUGUUUCUUGUAGCCUUAAGUGAAUAUGACCAGGUGUUGGUAGAGUCUGAUAAUGAGAACCGAAUGGAGGAGAGUAAAGCGCUAUUCAGAACAAUAAUAACAUAUCCCUGGUUUCAAAACUCAUCCGUUAUCCUUUUUCUAAACAAGAAGGAUCUUUUGGAAGAGAAGAUCAUGCAUUCGCAUCUUGUAGACUAUUUUCCAGAAUUUGAUGGUCCACAGAGGGAUGCACAGGCAGCAAGGGAGUUCAUACUGAGGAUGUUUGUUGACCUCAACCCUGACAGUGAUAAGAUCAUUUAUUCUCAUUUCACAUGUGCCACAGACACUGAGAACAUUCGGUUUGUAUUCGCUGCAGUCAAGGAUACAAUCUUGCAACUGAACCUAAAGGAGUACAACUUGGUAUAAGGGUGCAUUUGGUGGCGGCCAUGUUGUGUGCGUCACGUCGUCAUGGCAACGGUUUGAUGUCAAGUGUCCUUGAGCAGCGAGACCAAGGUCAAGAAGUCAAGGUCAAGUUUUGUAUCUGUACAAUAUGUAUUACGUGUCGAUAUUGGCCUGUAGCGGGGGCGCGCGCGAGCUGCCCGUUAAUUGCACCGUAACACGGUGCAGCCGCGUGUGAGCCGCCCGCACGACCCCUCGCGCGAGGAGGAUGAGGAGCGGGGGUCAGCGGGAGAGCGGGCGGCGGAGCGUCGACGCGGCCCCGGCGGUGGGCCGCCCCGCACGAGCCCAGGUGCACGCUCUUGUCCUCGCGCAGUGCUCAGGUCCAUGGCCCCUGCUGUCUUCUGUGCCGGUUUCGCCGCCCGCGCAGGCGUCGCCGAAACGCGCGAGCGCGCGCGCGGACGCCAUCUUGCGCGCGGCGGCGGCGGCAGCUUGACAUCGGCUGCGACUGGAUGAGCGCCCCCUGCCUGGCUCCAGCGGGCUUGUUCUUCACAGGGUUUGGGGGCCUUGCUGCGCGACUAGUCAUCGCGGCCUGUGUAAAUAGUAAUCUCCACUAGGGUUCUUCUGUUACGAGCAUGGAAGGCUGUUAUAACAAGUUGCUAACUUUAGUCUGCUUGUCUAGUUGUCAGUACGUCUUUAUAUUACUACAGCUAACUACUGGCCUUUUUGAUAAUUUUGAAUUUUAAGCUUUAAUACCGUGGUACAUAUUUUCAGAUUUGCUAGGUGACGCAGCGGUUAAUGUGUUAAUUAAUUGUAGUCGAUUGUUAUGGUUAAUUGGUGAAUUAAUCGCUAGCGAUUAUCGUUGACGGGGAUGUGAGAAUGUGGGCGCUUUUUUACCGAUACUUCUGUUCAGUAUCACCGUCUCUCUCUCGGGCAAAUAGUACGACGUAGUUUUAUAGGGACUCGACCCUCGAUGUGGUGAAGAGGUGUUUUGCGAGAUGCCUUCCUGCUUGUGGGAAUGCUUUUUAAAAAAAACGUAUUAUAAUCUUAACUUAUUGCAGCAGUACGUAACUCUUAGAGUGGGGUCACUAUUUCACCGACGGGGACGAAUCGUCUCCAUGUAACCAGUUAUGUGUGCGUGUCUGUUUGGAUCGCGUGUGUUUAUCUCUAACUGUGGCAGUCUGUAUAGCUAUAUUCACACCCGUCUGGGCCUCCUCGCGCCGGCCACUGACUCGACUGUGAGCGCGCGCGCGUGCGCAGUGGCGCCCCCCGGCGGCGGCAGGCCUGCAGUGAUGGCGCCGGCGCGUGACGAGCACCCGUGAGGCGGACGUUACCUGCCCGACAUUGGCCGCUCGGCCAUCCUUAACCUGAACCCCUGUCAGCGCUGCUUUCGCGUCUUCGCAAUGACGUCUGCUGUAAUGGCGCACACCCGCGGGGCGUGUCGAGUAUGAACGGCAGUAUUUAUUUGUUUGAUCGUAUGAACUUGUGUGAGAGAGAGAGAGAGGGAGCAGCCAGCAACAGCGUAGCCUCGUAUCUGAAUACGAUUUUGCUUGGAUGUGACUCGGGUCGUUCGUCGCGCGCACGCGCGCGGCAGCGAGAGAGGGCGCCGGUUGUAAGGAGCGUUCCGCGGCAGUGACCCGCGAGUUCGAGUCCACGUCUCGGAUGCACGGCGCCAAAAUUUUUGCUUCAAGAUGACGCGGUCCAGUUGCCAUGCCGACGCCUAGCCGCUCACUCGGCCCGGCUCGCGGCGCCCCCUGGCGGGCGUUGCGGCGAUCAUCGGGUCGGGACGGUCGAGCUCCCACGCUACAUCAUGUGGCAUUUUUGACGCUGGAUCUCCUGUGUUGUCAUAGUAACAUAUGCCUCAUUUUAUGGCCAAAUUUGAUGCAUUUACAUAUAACUACAAAUUUGUACAUUUAGAAAUUAUUGUACUAUAGGUUCGUGUAAAACCAUUAAGCCUAAUACAGAGUAGUGAGUGUGCCCGUCCCCCCUCCCCCGGCCUGCUAUGUGUAACUGUGCUUCUCAGCCUCAGUCAGGCAGAGGUUAUUCGCUCGACCUGCAGCCUCCUCUUCCACAGCACUGAAGCUGUGCCCAGCAUCCCCCAUUAGUCAGACAGCAGGACGCUGUGGUCCGUAUAUGCAACACACAUUUAGGGUUUUAGUCCCGUUUUGAUUCCUUGCGAAAUCGUAAGGUGGCAUCCAAGUGGUAUUUUAGUUUUUGCGAGUCGCCGGUUGGUGAGCGGAGAGGAGCGAAGUUUUAAGUGGCGGCGACAGCGUGUUUUACGGCUGUAUGAUAAUAUAAUGGAACUGUGUGGAAGGAUUACUAGAUUCGUCAUGGGUCUCUGCAACUAUGAAAUGUUGGCUGUGUGUUUUGUGUUGUUAGGUUUGUCAUUUGACGCCAGCCAAUCAGGUUUACACGUUAGCGUCGGUUUCGCAGCGCUCCUUGGCAGAAAACUAGGGGGAAAGUUAAUUGAGACUGAGCUGUACGAACCCGCUAUAGGGCGCCGCGAAACUGAAGUGAGACAUUUUGUAAUCAAAAAACGUAAUUGUAAUUUGAAGUGGAUCUGAAUCCAUGCAGUAUAAAGAAUUUGUGGUUGAUGUGCAUUUGUUUUGCAUCCUGUCUGUACAUAAGUGAGCAUACCAGUGACAUGUUUAGCUGUUGAACACUGCUCCGUAGAAGUGCUGAUGAAGCGUGAAAAGUAGUUGCAUUAUUUCCCCAUUUUGUGUAACUUUUGAUCUGAACGGUGGUGCUGUACGAUGUGUAUUUCGACUUUAGCUGGACCUCUCGUUUUCAUACGGGGCCAUUUCCGCACUGCGCCCCACCGAGAGACGACUGCUGUGUCGUGUCGGUGUCCCGCUACCCCCUCCCUCCCCCCCGCAGCAGCAUCCGCGAGCGAGAUAGGGAGAGCCCACCUCCACCUCGGCAUCCCCGAGCGGACAUCAGCGGUGGACGGCGGCGCUGCGGCGGAAGAUCGGCGUGUGUGUCUGUCCAGCCUUCCUCGCGCAGGACGAUGCGCGGCGGCGGCGGCGGCGGCGGCGGUGGCCCGGGUGUUUUAUAGGGAAUUACGCAAUACGUCACAUUAGCGAGUGCAUCCUCAUCUCUCCCGUGUGUGUGUCGUUGUUCUCCGUAUGAAAAUCGAAGGCCGGUUUCCGACGCACGGUGGCGCCGCCGUGCGGUCAGCGGGGGGGCGCCACCGAUGCGUCCAUCGAUCACAGGGUACGAAACGGAGCGCUAGACUUCUGUCGGUUCGGCGACCUGGGUGUAUGACCCCCAGGCCGCUGCCCCCACCCUCCUCCCCCCGGGACGAGACGCAGCCUGCGUACCCCCCGGCAGGCGGGCACGCCGGGCACGCCCCCUGGUGGCGCCCGUCCCGUGAUUUGCAGCCGGGAGCGCUCUGUGGGGAUGACGGCGCCGCUUGAUCGAGCGGAGGGCGCCGCCAGCAGAGGGCGCUCACUGGCUGCGCCUCGAGUUUUGCGCAACUUGUCAGCGACUCCGAGGAAAAUGCUGUUUAGCAUUGUUAUGUGAAACUAAGAAGUCGUAUAUUGUAUUAUAAACGCUAAGUCGGCCGUAUCAAGAGCCGUGGCUUUUAUUUAUACAUUAAUGUUGCAAGCGGCUUGGACUGAUGUCCCCCAACCAUUAGCCAGACAGUAGUGACUGGCAAGGUCAAACAGAUAUUGGUGUGUUGUAGCUUUUUGUACCUGAAUGUAUGUGUUACUGAUUUGUUAAGAUUAAUGUUUGAAUGCAAGAACAGCUUGGACAUAACAAGAGUACUACAUGCCUAGCUACAUUGUCUGUUGUACCUUCACACAUAGUAUUCACGUUUGUAUACCAUAGAUCUUACUACCAUGAUGUCAUACAACUUCAUCGGGUGUUUUAUAUGUGCUGCUGCCUCUGCCGAGGGGCGGUGCCCAGCAACACACCUCAGUUACUGUUUUUAUCGUUCAGUGUUUUAACAUUCGGUACGCGCGCGCGCGUGAGUGUGCGUGUGUGCGUAUGAUUGUGCGUGUGCGCGUGUGUGUGGGUGUGUGCGUGUGCGUGCGUGUGUGCGUGUGUGUGUGUGUGUGCGUGUGCGUGCGUGUGUGCGUGUGUGUGUGUGUGUAUGUGUGUGUGAACUGCUUGUAGCGACUCGCCCUAGCGUUGCUGCACAUAGUGGCUGGCUACAAAUGGUCGCAUGGCAAUCCGAAAUAGCUGAUGUAAUUUAAACGAUAUACGUAGCAAAAAAAUUAAUAAAGAUUUUUAUUGGAUAUUACUCAA